AUGUCGUCAACACGACCCUACAUGGUACUCGACGAAGAUGACGAGAAGUGGAACGACAAUGAGAGCGACAUCGAGUUGCUUGACUAUGGGAAGAUGAACGAGCUGGGCAUGGUCCUACGUCUUGAUGAAGAUGACACUACAUUACCUUUUGUCGCUGGAAUGGUAGACACCGAAAUCGAAGAUGUCCUACGAGUACGCGACUGUAUGCUGACCAACAAACCCUACCCGUUUCUCAGCUUCCGAUCCGACGGUUGUGCUGCAUGGCCGAAUAGUAUGAGUAAGGACGAAGUCAAGCGACAAAUCUUCCACGGAGGUAGGCUCAUUUGCCGUGUCGUCAACGUUCUCUACAUAAGUGGCACAAGGACAAAGCCAUAUGGAGGCGUCGUCCGUCAUCUAUAUACCCACGAGGCGGAUGCGACUGCGACACCAGCUCAAAUUUCGGAUCCCGGUAAUUCUCGCCAGACUUCAAUAUCGGUAGAGGAAACUGAAGAGGAAGGAUACGUUGUCGUGAACCAGACGCCUUCUGCAAAGAAGCGGCGUGCACGCGAGGACUCUCCUGACUUCGAGGUCUUGGAACAAGAGCCAUCAAAGCGAAAGAGUCAGCACCCAUCGAAGCAGGGCCGUUUAGUGUUCGGAGACGUGUUCUGUGGAGCUGGGGGUGCCAGUCAAGGCGCUGCCCAAGCUGGCUACUAUGUGCAAUGGGGUCUCGACAAUGACGAACGCGCGCUUGCUGCAUACCGCCUAAACCAUCCUGGUGCGUACGCAUGGAAGAUGAAUGCACAUGAUUUCCCGCCGAAGGGUAUCAGCAAAGAGAACUGGAAAGUUGACGUACUACACCUCUCGCCCCCUUGUUGUUACUGGAGUCCCGCACAUACUCACGAUGGACCCAAAGAUCAAGAGAACUAUGAAGCCAUCUACACCGUUGGUCCGAUUCUUAAGGAGGUCAAACCGCGUGUCGCAACACUUGAGCAAACCUUUGGCCUCGCAACUCACGAGCAACACAAGAGAAACUUUCUCAUGCUCUUGAACGAUAUUGGCCAAGCCGGUUACGAUGUGCGCUACAAGAUUCAGGACUUGAGUCAAUUCGGUCUCGUACAGAAGCGCAAGCGUUUGCUCAUCAUCGCUGCAAGACGGGGUACGCCCCUACCUCCCUUCCCAAAGCCCACGCAUGGCGCUUCAGGAAGUGGACUAAAGCCCUUCGUGUACAUCGACGAUGCCCUCACGCACAUUACCCGCCAAGGCAGGCGAGCUAUGAACGACCCCUAUCAUCAACCCAAGUGGUUUCCCAUCCCCCGAGCAGCCUAUAAUCCGCGAACAUUCCUCCAAGGCUGCAUCACCACUGGCGGCACAACAGCUUGCCAUCCCUCCGGCAAACGACACUUCACACCUCGCGAACUCUCUUUGUGCCAGAGCUUCCCAUAUGUGUAUGAAUUCACCGGUGCCCAGGGCGAGGCCAAGAAGCAAAUUGGAAAUGCAUUCCCACCAAUUAUGGCACAGGCAAUGUACCAGACCAUUGCACAGACUCUAGAAGCCUUUGAAAAGGGCCUUAUCGGAGCUGAAGAUGAUCUCUCUGACCUGGAUGCCAUUCUGAGACCUAGCGGUGAGAGCGUUCCUCAACAGCGACGGCUGGACAGCUUCACCGGAAGCGCAACCCCCCACAGACCUUCUCGGACUGCCAGCUCUAGGAUGGCGAGGGCUACUGAGUCGCGAACUGCAUCGCCUUCCACGCGCCAUAGGGCAGAGUCGAUGCAACCACGACGUAGGAAUGCAAGCGGCUUUCCGUCUUUGAAUCUCCUCGAUGGGGUUCUGGAUGGCAUCAGUAAUUUCGCGAACAGGAGCACCGCUUCCGCCAGCAGGUCCACCAGACGACGUCGCGAGCCUAGUAUUUCAGGCGACGAUGACGAAGUUAUCUAUAUCCCCAGCGACAGCGAAUGA